UGAAGACCUAUAUUCUGCGUGCUGCAUGCCAUAUACCCCACAAAGCAUCUUGGAUUCUAAAGAUCCCACUAUCUGCUGCGAGAAAGUAAACCAAGGCUAUAUAGAGAUUGAAAACCAGCAAACGGAUCCAUAGCCAUGCAGAUUGGUUUCUACCUCCAGCUCCUGCAGUUUGUUGCAUUACUGGUCUCAGCUCAUCGUAGCCCACUGAAUGAUUACCAGCGAUCUAAAGGAGUGGAACUUGUGCACUCGCCUGAAUCUGUGAAGGAAGAGAUCAAAGCAGAAGUCGAAUCAUGUGCAAAGAAAUGUAGGGACAUCCUAGACUGCAGAGCUUUCAAUUACAACUGGAAGAGUUACAGCUGCCAUCUGCUUCCACGGACUCAGAAAUCAGCUCAUGUUGAAUUGCAGAGAAACGUGCAUUAUGACUUGUACCAGAAGAAAGACUAUGUUCGUGAUUGUAUCGUGGGGAAUGGUGAAACGUACAGAGGGACUGUUUUCAGAACUCACAAGGGAAAAACCUGCCAGCAUUGGGGGAUGAAGUUCCCCCAUGAUCACAAGUACUCUCUAAAUGUUAUCAAUGGGUUGGAGGAAAACUAUUGCAGGAACCCAGACAAUGACUCCGAAGGACCUUGGUGUUACACAACUGACAAAAAUGUCCGACACGAGCCAUGUGGAAUAAAAAAGUGUGAGAAUGCUGUUUGUCUGACCUGCAAUGGAGAGGAUUAUCAAGGUGCCCUGGACAGGACGGAAUCUGGAAGAGAAUGUCAGCGGUGGGACUUACAGAGCCCUCAUAUGCAUCCUUAUAGACCAGAGAAGUACCCUGAUAAACAUUUGGAUGAUAACUAUUGUCGUAAUCCAGACAGUUCAGAAAUGCCUUGGUGCUACACAACCGAUCCCAAUAUGGAAAGGGAAUAUUGCAAGAUCACAAAAUGCACAGAGAAGCAGCGCACUCCUCACUUGCAAGUAACAAGUAACUGCUUCAAAGAACGUGGUGAAGGAUACCGGGGACGGGCAAGUUUCACCACAUCAGGAAUUCCUUGCCAGCGCUGGGACUCCCAGACACCUCACAAACACCGGUUCACUCCAGAGAAAUACCCGUGCAAGGGUUUAGAUGAAAAUUACUGUCGGAACCCUGAUGGCUCAGAAGCUCCAUGGUGUUUCACUACAAAUCCCAAUAUGAGGAUCGCAUAUUGCUUCCAAAUAAAGAGGUGCCCAGAUGAUGAGGAGCCAGUAGAUUGCUAUCACGACAAUGGUGAGUUGUACAGUGGGAAAGUCAGCAAGACCAGAAAGGGGGUCACAUGUCGCAACUGGAGCGAAAAACUGGACGACAUUACGCAAGUCCCAAAUUAUCCUUUUCCUGGAUACCUGGAAGGCAAUUACUGUCGAAACCCUGACAAGGACAGCCAUGGACCAUGGUGCUAUACCAUGGACCCAAAUACACCGUUUGACUACUGCUCAAUUAAACCAUGUAGUGGAGAGAAACCACUGUCCAUAAAGGAAGCAGAAAAUAUUGUAUUUGAUUCGUGUGGUAAAAAAAUUGAAAAAACAAUUACCCGAUCCCGUAUGGUUGGUGGUACACCUGGAAUCUCCCCUUGGACUGUGAGCUUACGAAACAGGCAAGGAGACCAUUUCUGUGGGGGUUCCCUAGUGAAGGAGAAUUGGGUAAUCAGUACAAGACAGUGUUUCUCUUCCUGUGAUGCUGACUUAACAGGAUACGAGGCUUUGGUAGGAACUCACUUGAAAAACCCUGCCCCCACAGAUACAGACAAACAAUCUGUGCCCAUUAACAGGAUUGUGUGUGGACCAUCUGACUCCAGCCUUGUGAUGCUGAAACUGGAAAGGCCUGUCAAACUGAAUACAAAAGUGGCUCUCAUCUGCUUGCCUCCUGAGAGAUAUAUUGUACCAUCAGAAACCAAAUGUGAGAUUGCAGGUUGGGGUGACACCCGAGGUACUGGCCAUGAGAAUGUGUUAAAGGUGGCGGCUUUCACUGUGAUUAGUAAUACGGAGUGCAAUACAUACAUCAAACACAAGGUGCUGGAUACUGACAUAUGCACAAGACCCCUGAAAUUGGAAGUUGGUGCUUGUGAGGGAGACUAUGGAGGACCACUUGCUUGCCUUACUCACGACUGCUGGGUGUUGGAGGGUGUCAUUAUACCAGCCCGUGGCUGUGGAAAGAUAAACCAACCAGGCAUAUUCACCCGAGUCUCUAUGUAUGUGGACUGGAUUAAUAAAGUCCUGAAGAUGGUCUGAUACAUUGCAGACACUAAUUUCAUCAGUACUUCAAGACCACCAGCCUUGCUUUAUCCAAGAACCAUCAUAACCGGAUUCAGAGAGACAAUAUUGUACAAUAGAUUGCAGAGGAAAUUGUAUAUUUACCAUAUAGCAUAGGAUGAGUCAACUGAUUGGAAAGGGAUUUUGAGUAUUGGCCACUGAAAUAAAAGGUAGAAGGGGGGGAUAAAGUUGAAACAAUGGACCAGAUGAAGCCCUGCCCAGCUGUAAAUAUUUAAACGUUUAUUACAUAAAACUUUUUAUUUUAGUGUAGAGAUGUAUAGUUUUGUUUUUUGUAAAUGUUUCAAAUCCACUUCACAUUUAAAAAGUAAGGAUUCACCACAAGAGGGAUGGUAAAGUUUCAAUGAUCCCAAUAGAAUUGGACUGCAACUUCCACUAUUCACUCCUUGUUAAUAAUUGUAAUUCAGCAACAAUGCAAUAAUUCACAUGCAUGCAGAUCCUUCUUGUUUAUCUGUCCACUGUCUAUUUUGUAAAGAAUUUUGAAGAUUUGACAAAAUGGCUAAGAUGGAAAGCAAUCGAAUUGGAUAACUUUUUUUUUACUUGGGCCCAAAACUAGUUUUUACCUUGUUAAUGCUCCACAAUGAUCAGUUUAAUGAACGUGCUGCAUUGUACACCUUUGUGGCUGAUCUGAAAUUGAGCAUUUUUUAUUU